AUGGCAGAAACCGGCAGACGUGCAUCGACAGAUGGCGAACAUGCUACUGGACCCACGGAAAAGCAAGAACGUGGUGGAAGCCUAGAUCUCAUUGGUGAUCCCGUUAUCGAAUCGAAUCUCGCACUUCGGAAGCUCUCUGAAGCUUUU